UUGCGAGUCUCAGAUCCGGGAAGUCCAAGGCCUCAACUCCCAAAUCCAAGAAACCCGAAGCCGCAUCGCCUAGGAGCAGACAAAGCCAAAGCCGCAACGCCUGGAUCCGACAAAUCUAAAGCCGCAACGCCUAGAUCCGACAAAUCCAAGUCCUCAAUUCCAAGAAUGAAGAAGAGCGUCAAAGUGAGGAUAGGCAGCAGCAAAAAAGCUCUGAAAUCCACACGACCAAAUGCAAAAGAAGUGAAAAAAGGAACGGCGGCUCACAAAAACCUCCAUGGAGAAUCGUCUGCGUGUAAAAAUACUCAGCAACAACAACUCAAUGUUACAGCAAAGUCAAACGCUACUAAUCAUAAAAAAUAA